AUGGAUGAGCCCGCAGCCCUGAGUUUGGAGCCGGCGGAGAAGAACUUCAAGGACAAGACGGGUCAAGAGAAGGUGAAAUGGCUGCAGACGCACGCGCUCGCGGCAUUUCCAGACGUGCCCAUCAUCGAAUACUGGGAACGCGGCCGCAGCCUAAACGGCUGGGUCAAUCUCAUCAGCAAGCUGCUGACACUCAUUACCAAUUCGCUCAAGAAGCGUGCAGGCAACAUCGUGAAGGUGUUUGCAAAGGUCGUGCACGCCUUUAACGUGGGCCUGUGGCGCUUCUCUGACAUUGUCACGGACGACAUCAAUGCGCUCGCCGACACGGGUGUCUUUCCAGAAGACACGCCCCUGACCGAGUUGCCGCGCGUGAAAAAAGUUGAGAAGGUUGCCGACCUUUCGAACGAGUCAACGGUAUCAGACACUACUAUAAUGCAAUACUUUGAUACAGCAGUGGACUUCCUCAAGCAGGGGCUCGGCGUGGUCCCCGGUUUGAAAAAAUUCAACCCACGCCUGAAUGCUUCCAUUUCUACGGUUGUCGAAGCCUUUGUAAGCGCCGGCAAGGAUUUCGCUACCGAGUGGGACAAGCCUGACCCUGCACCUCCACACGAUGGCUCAACUCCAGCCAUCAUGUUUGCACAGGUUCAGCAGCUUGAUGGUCUAGGGCCUGUCCAAGAUGUUACUAGCGGCGAUGAACAGAAGAUUGUGGUGAUUCCUCCCAUCAAGGAGGUGGCGCCGGCUCGACUGCUGGAUGACUAA